CUCAGUACUGCGUCCUAUAGACGGACCAGGACUGAGAAGGCUUUCACAGAUCAGGACAGCUUCCUUAUUUAUCUCCUCAUCUGUCUGCCGCAGCAAGAAAGCAGCUCUGCACGAAAUCACGUUUGCUUUUCCAGUAUAUCACUUUCCCCACUCUGUCAUUACGUAAGUGGACGGUGAGUUCCAGUCUUUCCGGUGACGCCACGCCAUCUCUUUACUUCACCCGUCAAUGAAUGUCAUGUACGAUGAACCCUGCGCUCGCCGGUCUCGCCCUGUAUUGUGAAUCUAAAUGCGUCUCCAGUUACAGCCUCUCUCUCGUAUUUCCGCCCACAGCCAAAAGCAAAGAACCUGAGAGAGCGACCGAUGCUAAAGUCACCAGGGCUCCACCCAGCCCUCACUCUCCAUCGCUGGGACUGAGGAACCACCAUGCCAUCCAGGAGGCUGCGGGGCCCAGCCAUGUGGCCAUCAACGCCAUCUCCGCCAACAUGGACUCCUUCGCCCGCGGCCGCACCGCCAUCCUCAAGAAACAGCCGAGUCACAUGGAGGCUGCGCACUUCGGAGAUCUCGGUCAUUCCAGUGUGAACUAUCAGCCCCAAGAGACCCGCUCUCGGUUGUCUAAGACGGUGGAACAUGUCCUACGAGACAACGUGGCGAUACCCCACUACAUGCAUUUCAUGGAACUGCAGGGCGCUGACCACCUGGUUCGCUUCUGGUUGGAGGCUGAGAGUUUCCGCUCGGCCAGCUGGUCGCGGGUCCGAGCACACAGCCUAAACUCUGUCAAACACAGCUCCUUGGCCGAGCCCGUCCCUGCCUCCCCGGGCAACUCGGAGCUCCCGGAGCUCGCCCAGAACACACCCAACGCUUUUUCGCGGGACAGUAGCAGCGAACGCCCGACGGAGCAGCGGGACUCCUCCAGCACGGACCUUAGACCCGGCACUCCACGAGCAGAAACUCCCAGCAGGCAGGCACCCUCCAGGACGGGGACUCCCUUCAAGGUGCAGUCGAACAGCACCCUGCGAGACCUCUCUGACAAACUCAUGAAAAGUAUAGAGAAAGAUGCAGUUACCAUUUUCACAAAGUACAUCUCUCCGGACGCUGUGAGGCCCAUCCCCAUCACCGAACAGAUCAGAAACGAUAUCGUUGCUAAAAUAUGUGGAGAGGACGGCAUGGUGGAUCCAAACUGCUUCGUCAUUGCACAGUCGGUAGUGUUCACCAUCUUGGAGCAACAGCACUUUAGCGAGUUCCUGCGAAGCCAUCAUUUCUGUAAAUACCAGAUCGAAGUGUUGACGAGUGGCUCCGUGUUCCUGGCUGACAUCUUGUUCUGCGAGUCAGCUCUCUUCUACUUCUCUGAGUACAUGGAAAAGGAGGAGGCGAUGAAUGUACUGCAGUUCUGGCUGGCGGCAGACAACUUCCAGAACCAGCUUGCAGCUAAAAAGGGCCAGUAUGACGGCCAGGAGGCUCAGAACGACGCCAUGAUCCUCUACGACAAGUAUUUCUCACUCCAGGCUACAAACCCUCUGGGCUUUGGCGACUCUGUGCGAAUGGAGAUAGAGUCGAAUAUCUGCCGAGAGGGAGGGCCGCUCCCCGACUGUUUCACCACUCCGCUCAGACAGGCCUGGACCACCAUGGAGAAGGUCUACAUGCCAGGCUUCCUGUCGAGCAACCUUUACUACAAAUACCUGAGUGACCUCAUCAACUCGGUGCGGGCAGACGAGUUUGUGAAUGUCAGCACUCCAGGUCAAGGCGGGCCCGCGGACAACGACCGCUCAAGUUCAAAUGUCAGCGAGGGCUCUCAGACUCAGCAAGGUGCCAAAAGGGCAGCAAUCAAGAUCCUGAAAAACUUUGACGAGGCGAUCACGGUGGACGUCGCCAGCCUGGACCCCGAGUCCUUGUACCAGCGACCGUACGCUGGAAGGAUGACGUUUGGGAAGGUGAAUGAGAUGGGCCAGUUUAUCAGGGAGGCAGAGCCGGAGCCGGACGUGAAGAAAUCCAAAGGUUCCAUGUUUUCUCAAGCCAUGAAGAAAUGGGUCCAAGGCAACUCGGACGAGGCUCAGGAGGAGAUGGCGUGGCAGAUCGCCAAGAUGAUCGUCAACGACGUCGUCCACCAGUCAAACCACGACAGCCCCGGCAAGUCCACCAAGUUAUGACCCCACUGAGGAACCAAAGGACCGUCGCUCCCUGCAGACGCCGGCACGCAGGGUUCACCCGCAAAAAACUGCAUCACUCUGAGAACGAACAAGGCAUUUUAUCACCUCCCGAUUUAUCUGCGCGCACGUGCGUGCGUGCGUGCGUGCGUGAGUGAGUGAGUGUGUGUGUGUGUGUGUGUGUGUGUGUGUGUGUGUGUGUGUGUGAGUGAUUGGCCACGCAUGGGCUAACGGAAGAGCGGAUCAUUGCUCCGAUCUUCCAUCAUAACACUAUAAAGGUACUCGUGUAGUCGCCAAAGGUGAAGCGCAUCCGAGGAAGGAGACGUUUAAAGAGAGCCGGCACGAAGAAGAAGCAGCAUGUGAGUCAGGACCGCCGCUGCGACGCUGUAGCCAUAUCUGAGACACGCAUCUGGGACCUACGGAGGACGUGAAGUACCUGCACUCCCUCAUGACGCACCUCCACACACCUUUUUUUUAACCAUUCCUUGUUUUCGAUGAUCUCUGAAGGGGUCGGCCACGUUCAGCACAUGAACAUCAGCAUUGUACAGAUUUUUUUUUUGCUUCCCUCAGCCUGCCCCCGGAGUCGUGUCGUCUGCUGUUUUGGCUGUUUUUACGUACUGUAGGACUUUUCGGAAAUGUGACAAUGAAACAGAAGAAGAGCCGGAGAUUCUGGCUGACCUCCUGUAUGAACCUCGUUGCACCUUUACAGAGCGUAGAAGAAGAAAUACUCCCUAAUAAAGUGCUCCAGUUGUGUUGGAAAACUCCAGACUCCAUGUCCUAAAUGUUCUAUAUAUAUAAAUAUAUAUAUAUAUGUAGAUUUCUGGUUUACCCCAUAAAAUAUUAAUGUUAGUCCUUUUUAUGGUGAUCGCUGUGUUUUUUUUAAUGCGUCGCUGAAACGUCAGUGAUGAGCGGACUGUUCAACUGGAAAGUGUGCUCAGUGAUUUAUUUUUUUUAUUUUCAUUUCUUUAGAGCCUUACCAAGAUGUGGAAAAGAACCAGAAAAGACUUUUGGUACUAUGUACCACUAAUGUUUUCUGACAUGUACGUGUACUUAAUCUAUAAUAUAUUUAAAUUGUGUUUGAUUUAAAUACAUAUAUUAUGAAAUGUU